AUCCAUCCUCCCCCGGAUUCCGCGCCUCCCCAGCCACCUGAGCUGGCGGGGUGCCUGAUCUCCGGGUGGAGAGUAGGAGGGGUGCAAAAGGGUGUCUUUCACCGAUUCCGCCCCCCUGUGCGCCUCUGGGUCUUCCUGGAGCUCCUGAGAAGUCCAGAGGUUGGGCCCAGCAGAAAGGAGGCCAGGGAAGACCUUGCCCCACGUAGGAUGUCCGCGACAGGCAGAGGACAGCCAGGACAUUCCUGGUGAUUUGGGGAGAGCCUUUAUCAUGGAAUCGAUCUCUAUGAUGGGAAGCCCUAAAAGUUUGAGUGAAAUGUUUUUGCCUAAUGGUAUAAAUGGAAUCAAAGAUGCAAGGAAAGUAACCGUGGGUGUAAUUGGAAGUGGAGACUUUGCCAAGUCUCUGACCAUUCGGCUUAUUAGAUGUGGCUAUCAUGUGGUCAUAGGCAGUAGAAAUCCCAAGUUUGCCUCUGAUUUUUUUCCUCAUGUGGUAGAUGUCACCCAUCAUGAAGAUGCUCUGACAAAAACAAAUAUAAUAUUUGUUGCUAUACACAGAGAACAUUACACCUCCCUGUGGGAUCUGAGACACCUGCUUGUGGGGAAAAUCCUGAUUGAUGUAAGCAAUAACAUGAGGAUAAACCAAUACCCAGAAUCCAAUGCUGAAUACCUGGCUUCACUAUUCCCAGAUUCCUUGAUUGUCAAAGGAUUUAAUGUAAUCUCAGCUUGGGCACUUCAACUAGGACCUAAGGAUGCUAGCCGCCAAGUAUAUAUAUGUAGCAACAACACCCAAGCUCGUCAACAGGUUAUUGAACUUGCUCGCCAACUGAAUUUCAUCCCCGUUGAUUUGGGAUCACUGUCAGCAGCUAGGGAGAUUGAAAAUUUGCCCCUGCGACUAUUUACUCUCUGGAGAGGGCCAGUGGUGGUAGCCAUCAGCUUGGCGACGUUUUUCUUUCUUUAUUCCUUUGUCAGAGAUGUGAUACAUCCAUAUGCAAGGAACCAGCAGAGUGAUUUCUACAAGAUUCCUAUUGAGAUUGUGAAUAAAACUUUGCCUGUUGUUGCCAUUACUCUGCUGUCCCUGGUGUACCUAGCAGGUCUCUUAGCAGCUGCCUAUCAGCUGUAUUAUGGCACCAAGUAUCGAAGAUUCCCGCCUUGGUUGGAGACCUGGUUACAGUGCAGGAAACAGCUGGGAUUACUGAGCUUUUUCUUCGCUGUUGUCCAUGUUGCCUACAGCCUCUGCUUACCCAUGAGAAGGUCAGAAAGAUACUUGUUUCUCAACAUGGCUUAUCAGCAGGUUCAUGCAAAUAUUGAAAACGCUUGGAAUGAGGAAGAGGUCUGGAGAAUUGAAAUGUAUAUCUCCUUUGGCAUAAUGAGCCUUGGCUUACUUUCCCUUCUGGCAGUCACUUCCAUACCUUCAGUAAGCAAUGCUUUAAACUGGAGAGAAUUCAGUUUUAUUCAGUCUACACUUGGCUAUGUAGCCUUACUCAUAAGUACGUUCCAUGUUUUGAUUUAUGGGUGGAAGCGAGCUUUUGAAGAAGAGUACUACAGGUUUUAUACACCGCCCAACUUUGUCCUUGCUCUUGUUUUGCCCUCCAUUGUAAUUGUGGGUAAGAUCAUUUUACUGCUUCCAUGCAUCAACCGAAAGCUUAAAAGAAUUAAAAAGGGCUGGGAAAAGAGCCAAUUUCUAGAAGAAGGUAUUGGGGGAACACUUCCUCAACUUUCCCCAGAGAAGGUGACAGUAAUGUGAUGAUAAAUGGUGCUCACUGUUGCCAUAACAUGAAGUUCUACUCAUGCCAUUGUUCAAAUGCUGUGCUCUGUGUUCAGCUGUAAGUGUGUUGUGUUUGAAACAUGUCAAAUGAGAUAGCAAUGGACAUAAUGAUCGUAUUUUCAAGUUAAUUUUUAUAGAUUUCAUACUUGGCCAACAAAAAUUUUUGCAGCCAAUGUAUUGUUGAAAUUUAGGUAUUUAUUUUUUGUUUUGCAUAAUUGUAAUAGUAUUGUGAUUUUAACUGUAUUUCAUAAUCAGGCAAACAUAUUUAUAGUAAAUAAUAUAGAUGCAAGGCCAGGCAUGGUGGUGUACACCUGUAAUCCCAGCUACUUAGAAGGCAGAGAAAGGAGGAUCUGAAGAUGGAGUUCAACCCAUGCAGUUAGGGAGACCCUAUCUCCAAAACGCAUGUAAACUAAAGGGCUGGGACAUGGCUCAAGUGGUAGAGUGCUUAGAUGUAAUAUAAUCUUAAAGAUACUUUACAAGCCAGAAUUAGGAUCUUUUAAUGUAGCUCAAUGGAUAUACCCAUAUCCUGUAACUUAAGAUUUUAAAUAUUACCCAGCUUAAGAAAUAGAAAUAUACCAUCAGACCUCAUUAAGGACAUAUAACAUUAGCAUCUUAGUAAGGAUUCAUGGGAAGAUUACUAUACUUCUCAGAAGAUAAGAAUAAAGGAAGCCAUUAAUUAUACAAAGCCAUGUGAUUGUGUGACCAAACACAAUUUUUUAAAAACAUGAAAUUAUAUUUACAAUUCAUUGUAAACAUAAAAUACAUAGUGAUAAUGCAUCACUCAUGGUAGAGUUUGUUCUUUAUAUGUUGCAGAGCAGUUUUACCGUAUAAUUCAUAUGUCAGUUAAGGAAAGAAUUCAGUAAUAUUUUGCUUCCAAAGCUGAUGUCCAAUAUAGUAUAGUACCAAUCUUGUGAUUUGUACAGGUUGUCUUAGUUGUGAAGUUUACAUAUGAAUAAUAUUCAUCAGCUGAUCAUUAAAUUGAUCCUUAGCCAAUAACCACCAUACAUGGUGUGGGUGGGAGGCAGAACAUGGUUCUAAACACUUUACCUAUAUUAUCUAUUCUAUAUUAGCUAUUCAAAGUCACACCAUGACUAAGUGCAGGUUGAGCCCAGGUAGUCAUCAUCCAGAAACUGAAGCUUUAACAACUAGACUGUUUAACCCUGUUCCAUCUCCAUACAUUACAUUCAUUAGGCCUGCCUAGAUGCUUGCUCUUUUGUACAAAGGAUUCAUUUGGAGUGGGUUAUGUGCAUCCAACCAUGUAGGGAAGUAUCCCAAUCCAUAAAUUUAUUGCUUCUGGUAGGGAAGUCCUUACUUAGCUGCACAGGUCUGACAUAGAGAUCUAUAGAAGUCUAUAGGUUUCUGUAUGCAAGGGGGAGGCCUCAAGCAGAAAGGACCAUAGCAAUGUUAAUGAGCUGCUCAGGACCUGAAGACACUUUAUAGGUCUCCAUAGAAGCAGUUAUCUCCUUUUUUCUUCCUAAGAAACCCCUCUGCCACUACAACCAUUCAUUAGAGAGCAAUUCAUAAUAAGCUUGAAGGAUAUUAAAAUAAGUGGUCAAUUAUGAAUCUGACAGAAACAUAUAAUCAUACCGAUUAUUCAUAAAAGUUCUCAGUGCUGAAAUUCUGCAUGUAAAUUGCAUUCCAUUCAAGUCUUGGGAUGCCCUACAUUUUUCAUUUUUCAUUUUUGGUCUUUCCUUAUUAAAACAGAAGGUUGCAAACAAGAUACAAUUAUAUGCAUUCCUGUUCCUAAAAUUAUAUCAUUUCUUAAACUACCCAUUAACUUGAAUCCCAGGGAAAGGACCUGAUUUAGAGGCAUCUACCUUUCCCAUUCAAUAGUUCCUACUUAACUACCAUUACAUUGAGGAUAUAGAAAUCACUCAUGAUUCCCUGAAGUUUUCUUCUUGGUGAAUUUUAAUGUCUUGCACUUACUAGUUGAGCUACCCAUUUUCUUAAUAUUGAUUACAUUUCUCCCCUUUUUAUUAAGACUUAGUUAUUCACAGGCAUUUGGUAAAUAUACUGGUAUUAGGAACUAGUGAAAAUAACAUGUCAGUACUUUCUUGUUCCUUUUAUUCUUAAGAUUAUGCUUUAACCAUUUAAUACUAAAAUACAAUGAAGUAGUUCUAAAAUUUAAAUGACUAGUAAGGUAUACUGUUCUACGUAGAUAUUAAGUAGCCAAUUAUUUAUAAAAUUAUCACUAUUAUAGAUAAAUUGGGCAUUUGAAAAUAUGAAAAAGCAGUGUAUAAAAGUUGCAAGUGUUAUUUUAAAUGGCAAUGUUUCCUUUGCAUUGCUGCAAAAAAGUGGAAUCCAUAUGAAGCUUCAGAAUAAAAUGCAUUCAUUGUAAUCCUAAAUGUUUAAACAAUUUUCUAAAAUGUUAAAUCCACUGACUUUUAUUUGCCUUACUGUUUCUGUGAUUAUUUUUUUCAUUGUUUUUCAUAAUCACUUUUAAAUCAUUUUUUCUGGCCUCAAAAGGAGAACUGAACUUUGCUAUUACAAGAUGUGAGAAUUGUUUCCCAGGAAGUGCCCCUGAGAAAAUUAUGAGAAUGUAAGCAAUAAACCCAGUCUUGAUCCUAUGCAAAGAAUACCAAAUAAUUUUUCCUAUGAGAAAAAUAACCAUGAUCUGUAUUAUGCUUAUCUAGAUUUUGUGUACAGAUUUCAUAUGUAUCCUCUAUUAAAAGUAUUUUAAAUCACAUUUAAAUAUUACUAUAUUCAUACUAACAUUUAUUUUUUAAAACAUACUUGGAAGUUUAGCAAAGGUUAUCUACAUAUGAUAUUUUUGUUUAAUUUUUGAAGUAUUUAAAAGUCUGAGUAAAUUAUAUUUACAGAUAGUUCUCAGAGAUAAUUAUUUUGUGCCACAUAUAAAGUAGCUAAUGAGCUCCAUUGUUAAACUGAUUAUAAACAUAAAAUUAGCAUAACUUUGAGUUGGUAAUGAAUUUUACUUUUAAAAUUAGUUUGAUAAUACUGAAUUGAGGUAUUCAUAGUCACAUUGCAGUUAAAUAUUUCUGGUAAAGUACUUCAAUAAUAAUUUCCAUGUUAUGUUAAUUUUUUAUGUAAUAUGAUAAAAUAUUAAUUCUUUUUAAUUGCCUUUUGCUAUUAAACUAUUUCAUAAUAAAAUACAGUUUUCUCCAGAAAAGACAUUAUUUAUGAAAUAUAUUUAUGAAUGUUAUAUUUUCUGUAAAAUACUAUAAAUGUAGUUCAUAAGUAUAUGAGCACAUUUAGCUGCAUCAGACUAUAAUGUCCUCAUUUUUUAUGACUCACAGAAAUGUUAUAUGUAGUAUAUAUACCUUAAUCCAGUGGUAAAGUUAUAUUUAUGAUGUGUUGUAAGGAAAACCAGAUAUUCAGCUCUCGAUUGUUUUUAAGUCAGUAAAAGGGAGAAUUCUUCCAUACAUUUAGAAUAACUCUAAAUGAAACUGCAAUGAUUUUAACAGAAACAAUCUGUUCUUGCUUUUAAACAUUAAAUUCUACUUUUUUGAGUACAGGAUAAUUAUAAUGUACUUAAUUUUCAGAGAUUCUAUCCAUAUGAUAGUGGGAAAGGGUUCCUGCUUAGCUUAACAUACAGGCUGAGAUUUUUUUUUUUUAACUUUACAUGGAUUUCCACCAGGCAUUCAUCAAAACUUAAGACAGUUGUAUGGAUUCCUCCUGGGCCAAAUUAUGGUACUUCCAAAUUGCCAACUUGAGGAAUAUAUUCUCUUAGAGAUCCUCUUUGAAGGUUUUGUAUAGUUUUGCACGUCUUUAUGAACGGGGACUGGAAGCUGUCUCCCAAUGUCUGUUUCCCUGCUCAGUAAAAGCUUCAGUGGGUCUUUAUCCCCAUCUGGCAGCCAAGUAUACAGAUGACUGAGAGCUGGCCAGUGAGAGGAAGUCUGCAAGAACAGCAACAUGUGUUCCUCUUCCUCCCUCCAUUUUGCUAUUGACAGUGUACGUCUAUGACAACAGUCCCCAAAGGGCCCAAGCCACAGCCUAAGGAAGGCAGAUUAAGGGACCAUUAUUAACUACUUCCAUUGUAUUUUUUCCUCCAUGUAUGUCAUUCAGGUAUGAGUUUCUGUGUUAUGUGAAGUCCAGAAUAAUCUUUUCUGGCAUUUAGUCCUUUGUCAUAAUACCACUUAACACUGUUGAAUAAGAUAGAUGGCAAUAAAUCUUAAUUUUAAAAUGAGCUUCUAACGGAUAAUAUGCAAUUUUCAUUACAAUUGACUUUCUGUUGUUAAUUACAAUCUUUCUCUUUUGAUUUUUUUCAUUUUCUAUUUUGUACCUGCUUGGAAAAAUAUUGUUUUCUCUGUGAAUGUGUGAUUCACAUUUGCUAAAACUUUGUGUAUUCCCUAGCAUUGUUACCAAAAUACAUGCCAUGUUUUUAUACCAUUCUCAUAGACCUGCCUUAUAAAGAUCCAAAUAAAAAAUUCUAUUUAGUGUUU